CAUUUGUACAAAAGCUAUAAAACCGAAAGUACAUGAAUUCAAUAUUGCGCUUAAAUAUUAUUUUGUCUAUGAUGAAAAUCCGUUAUUAAAUUGUUACGUGGAUAAUAUAUUAGAAGAAUGGCACCAACAGAUACUAAACGUAAAUUAGAAGAUGCAGGCUUGGAGAAAACAGAAGAGGGUCUUUCAAAACGUCCAAAAGCAGCAGAAAUCACUAAAGGCCAAAAAGAAUGUGCUACAAGUGAUUGCAAACUGGAAAAAUAUCUUGAAGAUAUCUUUUUAAAAUAUUGUAGAAUAUCCAUUAAUGAGAAAGAAGUGGAUUUUAUACGAAAUGGUGUUGAAACUUUAACACUUGAGUAUCUUCAGAAAACGUAUCGAAAUUCUCCUUGCAAGGACAAAUCAUGCAAAAUUAGCAAAUGUGGUCAAUUGGAACUUGUGAGAGCAGGAAGUUUCUAUGAAGGUACCAGGAACGGUUUCCCUGAUGAAUUUGACUUUAUUGCGGUCCUAGGAACAGUUGACGAACAGCCCGAUGAAAAUGCUUACACUCAUAUUAAACAAGAGUUCUGCGCUAAUUGUGAAGUAUACAAGUCUAAUGAAUAUCCUGAUUAUUCAAUGAAAUUCCGUUAUACUAAUGUUUCACGAUGUCACCGUAAAGUUACACGUUUAGAGUAUGUGUACACGCGUGGCCAAGAAGAAAUGAUAAUUGAUGUUGAUAUUGUUAUCGCAUUAAGAUGUUACAAAACUGAACAAUUUUACACCGUUAUUUUCAACAAAGAAUUUUAUGAGGAAAUGAUUAAAACUGGAAGUUUCCUUUUUAUAUAUACAGGAGCUUCUACUGUAGAACCAUAUGGACCCAUGGUAUUACAUGCAGCACAAUCGGGUACUUGGGAGAAAACUACAACAGAAACGGAAAAACGCUUUGUCAAAGAUAUUCUAAGCAAAAAACACAGGAAAGUGUAUAGAAUACUGAAAUACAUUAUAAAUGGACCCUUUGGUGGGGAUCUAUUUAGAUAUUUGGACGAUGUGCAGGAUUUUCGGUCUCCAUUGUCUGGCUUAUUUGGGACCGGUUUCAGCAUUUCAUCCUACGUCAUCAAAAUUGCAGUAAUUCGCCAUCAUUAUGCCUGCCAAAAAGAUAGAAAAGGCAUUGGAAACUGUGUUUGUGAAAUCUUGUUUAAUAUAAUAGCAGCAUUUCCGCCAUUUAAGCAAAAUAAUUUUCCAAUUAUUGCAAUGCGUUCAUUGCUUUGUAGCAGUGAAAAUGGCCUAUGUAUUGGACGUGGAAAUAAUUACUUUUUAGAAAACAUUUACAAGUGCCUUGAAGCAUUUACAAAAAGACUAAAAUCCCUGCAAUCAUCAAAUGAUGGACUUGAAAAAUGCAAUCAUGAUCUAGAAAACUCAUUCUCAGAGAUGGCUUUACGGCUUUACAUGUUUACUGAAUAUGAAACAUUUUUUAUGAAUUCGGAUAGUGAAUUUCCAAAUCUAAAAAUCGUUUGGCUUUCCAAGCCAAAUGUAAAUGAACAAGCAAUGGUGAAAAAAGUUAAAGAGUACAAGGAAAAACGAAACAAAGUCCAAGAUUGUCCAUGGUGUGACUAUCCUAUACCUACAAGGAAGCUUUAAAUGUUUAGUCUGUAAUACUGAUAACCACUUAUUUCAUUUUUGCAUUCCAGGCUUCGGCAGAAUCAAUGUGCUUUUUGGUUGGAAAUAAAGUUAAAGGAUAGCUGCCAUUGUUAGCUUUUGCUAUGACUCUUCGUUAGUCGUGCGUCAUACAUUAUUUAUGUCACCGCAGCAUCUGCGAUGUGUUUGUGUUUUAUAGAUUAUAUAGUAAACUUAAAUAAUCUUUCUUCUUCUAAAGAACGAUCAGUUAUAAGUCAACGAAACCAGGAUUGUUCCUUGGAUGACGGGCUUUAAAAUGGUUUUUUAAAGAAUUUGAAUUCAUGCAGGAAUCUGGUUGCCAUGGCAACCAAAAGAAAUUAUAAGAAUUGUUUUAAAUCUUCUAAUGACCCACAAGGCAUAGAUAUUUUGCAUAAGGCAUUGUGUAUUUGACCUUUACCAAGAUUGUUCAACUUAUAGUCCUGUGGCUAAAAUUGGCCCUGCCCCGGGGUCAUUUAUUUUCAUGAUGUACAUAUAGUCUUUUUGUCUGAAAGUACAAGGCUUUGGUAUAUAAUGUCAUCUAUAGGUCCUCUGCCAAGGUUGUCCAAAUAUCGUCCCGUUUGUCAAAAUUGGCCCCGCCCUAGGGGGUCAUAUGUUUUCUUUAUAUGAAUAAAGUAAAACUUAAAGAACAUUUCUCUCUGAAUUGACAAAGGCUAGAGGUUAUAAAAGAUAUUUUGCAUGAAAUAUUGUGUAGUGGACCUUUACCAAAAUUGUUGAAAAAAAUAGUCCUGGGGUCAAAAUUAGUCCCGUCCCGGCGGGCAUUGAUUUUCAUUAUGUACAUAAAGUAAAAACUUAAAAGACCUUGUCUGAAGGAAAAUUACUCAUAUUGGAAUGUCUUUUUAACAUGUAUGUCUAAAGGUCAUGACCUCUAGCAAGAGAAAUGUUAAUUUGCUUUCGGGGAUAAUUAUGAAAUGAUUAGUGGUCAAAAACUCUAGCAAGAGAUGUGAGCAUUGCAGGCAUAUGUAUGAAACAAUUUGACCUCAUUAUAAGCACUUGAUUCACAUCAUGUAUAAUAUUAUAAUGGUUGUAAUGUUGUUGUUUAUUAUUUUGUGAACGUGUAUACAGUUUGUAUUGAUACAGAGUUCUGGGGUAAAUUAAUAAGAGGAACACAUAUGUUAAUUAAUCUAGUUUAAUCUAAAAACUGGUCAACAGCGGGAAUCGCCUGUCUAAUAUGAGAGCUGCCCAUUCAGGCAUUCAUGGAAUAAUACCGUACUAACAUAAAAAGGUCAAAGUUAAAUUUAUCAGGUUUAACUGAUAUUACAAUGCUGAUUUUGAAUUGUCAAUGUUUUAGAAAUUGGUAAUGCUUAGUUGAAAAGAUAGUAUUGAUAAUUUAAGGAAAAUAACUGUAUCUGCAUUUCAAAGUUUAAUACAGCUAUGUAACACAGCAAAUACCUAUUUUUUUGUCAAGUAAAAAUCCUUUUAUUUUUAAAUCAGUUAUUGUGCUAUGGUCUUUGUAUCUUAAUGUCUUCCUUUUGACUUGCUGAAAUAUGACGUUGACCCCCAAAUUCACUAGACACUUAGCUGCAUUAUAAUGCGAUGGCAUAGCAUUUUUUUCACAAAUGCAAUUUUGAUUUAACAUCAUCUCUUUCUAGACCUCUAGGUCAAUAUUGCUAAAACUAGGAUGGCAUGAAGCUCUUAAAAAGUUUUAACAUUUAAACUCCAAUCAAAUUCCUGUUUGCUAUGGCAACUGAAAUAAAUACAUUUAAUCUUCUCUUAAGUCAUAAAGGUUAGAGCUUUAGCUAUUGGGCAUGAAAUGGACUUCUUUCAAGUUUGUUGAAAUGAUAGUCAUGGAGUUAAACUAGUCCUGCCCAUUAAAUCAUAGAUUUUUAAAUUGCCUGAGCACAACAUAACAGUUCGAUACGAUGAAAAAUGAAUAAACCGUGAUAUGUGAUUAAUAAUCAAUUCAU